ACGGCGCACGCAAUCAGAUUGGAAAUCUAAAAUUUUAGUCUCCCUCCCUCUCGCUCCCUCCGUCUCACGUCACACUUGCGUCUUCUCCAAUGCGAGAAUUUCUGUCUCUUCUUUGUGCUCUUCGUCUGUAAGCCCAUUUUCAUCGUAUCUAUAUUAAUCACCUACUUUAAACCUCGUAGCGAUUCAAUAGUUCUAGUGCCGCUCCUCAUGGUUCUGCAACCACAAUGACCCAGAACCCAUCGAGCCUGCAAUCAGAGGAAGAUAACAGGCCAUAUCAGGGUCGUCGUGGUGGAGGAACUGCCAUGAGAGUGAUUGUGCCUUUACAGGGAGUUGUUCAAGGCAGAGGAGGUCUCUUUUUGGGUUCUGUUAUUCCUUGUGCCCUCUUCUAUUUCCUUCAGCUCUACUUCAAGAGACCCCAUCGCACUCCCCCCAACUCCCCUCCUCCUCCCCCCUCUUCGGACGCCACUUCUUCUCCCCUGUGUUCGCCGUCUUCUUCUUCCGAUAAGCUUUCAGAGGUCGCUAUUCUGCCCCGCUCUCUUUCUCGAAUUCUUCUAUCUCCCAGGGGUGCGUUUUCCCUGCCGAAUCUCUCUGCUCGGGCUAAUUCCAUCGUUAAGGCCGAUAACUCUCCUUAUUUCCUGGGUCUGCACAAGCUUGCCGAGGAUUCAUACCACCAAAUCGAUAAUCCCAAUGGUGUUAUUCAGCUUGGUUUGGCUGAAAACAAGAUAUCUCUGGAUUUGGUUCAAGAUUGGCUUGAGGAGAAUGCGAGAGGGGCUAUAUUGAGAGGACACGAAGAUUGCAGGGAGUUGAAUAUCCGCGGGAUUACGGCGUGCCAACCUCACGAUGGAUCGGUGGAAUUGAAAGCGGCUGUUGCAGGAUUCAUGUCUCAAGUUAUGGAAAAUCCAGUUUUGUUCAACCCCUCUCAAGUGGUACUAACCACAGGUGCUACCCCUGCACUUGAAAUUCUUAGCUUUUGCCUAGCAGAUAGUGGAAAUGCAUUUCUUGUUCCUACACCUCAUAGCCCUGGCUUUGAUAGGGACAUAAAAUGGCGAACUGGCCUGGAGAUGGUACCUGUUCCCUGCCGUAGCACUGAUAAUUUCAGUUUAAACAUAACUGUACUUGAUCAAGCCUUCAAACAGGCAAAGAAACGUGGUCAGAAAGUCCGUGGAAUCAUAAUAACAAAUCCUUCAAAUCCUGUUGGAAAUCUGUUGAACCGGGAAACAUUAUAUAAUCUUCUGGACUAUGCCAGAGAGAAGAACCUCCACAUAAUCUCUAACGAAAUAUUUGCCGGGUCUACAUAUGGUAAUGAGGACUUUGUGAGCUUGGCAGAAAUACUGGAAACAGAAGAUGUUGACAAGGACAGGGUUCAUAUUGUAUAUGGUUUAUCAAAAGACCUUUCUGUUCCAGGUUUUAGGGUAGGUGUUAUCUACUCUUAUAACGAGAAUGUCCUGGCCACGUCUAGAAAAUUGGCAAGGUUCUGUUCCAUUUCUGCGCCAACCCAGCAAUUGCUCACCUCCAUGCUUCUUGAUCCAAGAUUUGUUCAAAAAUUCCUCGAGACUAAUCGAUGGAGACUUCAGAAAAUGUAUGAUACAUUUGUGGCCGGUUUGAAGCAGUUAGGAAUUGAGUGCUCUCAAAGUAGUGGCGGAUUUUACUGCUGGGCUGACAUGAGUAAGUUUAUCCGCUCUUACAGCGAAAAAGGAGAGCUUGAGCUGUGGGAUAGAUUGUUGAAUGUAUCAAAAAUCAGUGUGACCCCAGGAUCUUGUUGUCACUGUAUUGAACCAGGAUGGUUCCGUUUUUGUUUUACUAAGUUGACCGAAAGUGACAUCCCUGUAGUUAUGGAACGAAUUCGGAGAAUUUCCCAAGCUACAAAAUCCCACAGUUGAUAUGGCGUCAAUUGUUUGCUGUAAAUUUUGCUACAUUAUGUAUUCUUUAUUCUUUUGAAGAUGCUCACAACUGUUUUACACUGCUGCUGCUGGGGCAACAAUAAGCAGUUUGGUGGCAGUUGAAUUGAAUGAUAAAGGGCUAUGGUAUUCGGUGAGUUGCCGGGAA